AUGGGUCCCCAUCGAAUGCUGUACGCUGCAUUAUGCAGAUUCGGUGACAAAGUGGUCUAUCCGAUUCUGCCGGCAUUCGCUAAACCCGCUUGGAAUCAUCCCGCUGGGCCAAAAACCGUUUUCUUCUGGGCACCGACCAUCAAAUGGGCUCUCGUAGGGGCUGGACUGGCCGAUCUUGCGCGUCCUGCUCACAAACUGUCGCCCUAUCAGAAUACGGCUAUUUGCGCAACGGGUGCCAUAUGGACUCGAUACUGUCUAGUGAUAACACCUAUCAACUACUAUCUAAGUAGUGUGAACUUCUUUGUUAUGUGUAGUGGAUUGGUGCAAUUGUGCCGGAUCGCCCACUAUAGAUACACCAAUCCUGACUGGGAGCAGCAACAAAAGACAAUAGUUUUGUUACAAAGUCCGAAAGCAUUCCUCAGAAAACUAGAGGGAAUGGAUUUCACUAACACCGGCGCCUACUGGAUGCUACCUCACAAGGCUCUCUAUCGGGUUUUGUGCAAGAUUGGAGAUAGUGUUGUCUAUCCUAUUCUGCCCCCAUUCCUCAAACCGGUGUGGAACCAUCCAGCUGGACCGAAGACCGUUUUCUUUUGGGGCCCCACAAUCAAGUGGGGUCUCGUCAUAGCAGGUAUCGCCGACCUUUCUCGACCGCCAGAGAAACUAUCUGUCUCUCAGAACGUCGCCCUUGCCAUAACAGGAGCAAUUUGGACACGAUACAGUUUUGUGAUCAUCCCAAUCAACUACAAUUUAGCCAGCGUUAAUUUCUUUGUAAUGUGCUCUGGUUUGACACAACUCGCUCGGAUUGCACAAUACAGGUAA